AGACAAUUUGAGUUGAUCGUUAGAAUAUAUCAUGUUGGCAACGGAGUUAGAGCGCGAUAAAUCGGCAUCGAGCACCUCGGUACAUUUGCUAAAUUGACAUUUUCUUUUCACCAUUUGGAUAUUUCUCGCUCCUGCGCGCGUGGACGGUGGGAGCCUCGAGGGCGCUGCGUGUUUUCAAAGGCAGAAACAGUCGGUGUCAGGAGAGGACUACGCUGUUUUGUUGAUGUCAUUCGCGGCAGAGCUGUAGCCUCCUUCAAUUUCGAGGCAAAUAAAUAUAGACUCGGGUCCUUGCUUUGUUUGUUUCCUUCGCUGGUAGCACGAGCAACGAGGAUGGGACUUUUGCUGCACUGUGCCCUGCUCCUGUUAUCGGUUUCCACUUUAAUAGCCGGUUUAGACUUUCAGUUGGGACCCAAAGGUAACCGACAGCCAGCGUUCGUGAGGCGUUCAAACACCGAGGAGCAAGCUGCGAGAAUCGCGAAGAGGUCUCUGCUGGCAUCGCUGGCUGCUGCCGCUGCAUCACCAGAACACAAGAUUAGACGAAGAAGCACAGAGGACGGCGACUCCUGUAAAGCUCUCCAAGGACAUGACGCCAAGUUGGCAGCCAACACCCACCGUUAUACUUUCAAUGACCUCAGUGGUUCAGUGUCCCUUGCCUGGGUUGGAGAUGGCACAGGGGUCAUUCUGGCACUAACAACCUUUCAGGUGCCCCUGUUCAUGUUGAAAUUUGGGCAGUCCAAACUCUAUCGAAGUGAGAACUAUGGGAAGUCAUUCCAGGAUGUCACCAAUCUCAUCAACGACACCUUCAUCAGAUCAGAGUUUGGAAUUGCUAUUGGCCCUGAGAACUCAGGCAAAGUGAUCCUGAUGGGCGACGCGUCUGGAAGUCACGAGUCUGAAAUCUUUGUCUCCGAUGACUUUGGAAAAAGUUUCAUCCGCAGAGAUCUGCCCUUUAUGCCCCAAAUGCAGAUCAUGUACAACCCUGAAAAUUCCAACGUGCUGCUGGUUCACAGCACCAAUAAUGAGAUGUGGCUGUCUGAAGAUGUUGGAAGCAACUGGAAAAAGGUUCACGACGCGGUGUGUCUGAUGAAAUGGGGAAGGAAAAAUAGCAUAUUUUUUACAGCCAGCCAUAAUGGAUCCUGCAAUGAAUGGGGAAUGCUGGAGCUUAAGAGGACAACAGACUAUGGCAAAACCAUCAAGACUGUCGCCAAUAAGAUCUUCUCUUUUGGCCUGGGUGGACGCUUCCUCUUUGCGUCUGUGAUGACAGGGAAGGGCUCACUGAGGAUGAUCCAUGUAUCAGUGGACCAGGGUGAGACUUGGAACAUGGCCCAGCUGCCUCCUGUCGGUCACGAGCAGUUUUACUCCAUUCUGGCGGCCAACGAUGAAAUGGUUUUCAUGCAUGUUGACGAGCCAGGAGAUACAGGCUUUGGUACCAUUUACGUAUCCGAUGACAGGGGCACUGUGUACUCCAAGUCACUGGAGCGGCACCUUUACACCACCAAAGGCGGCGAUACCGACUUCACCAACAUCACCUCACUGCGAGGGGUUUUCGUCACCAGUAUCCUGGCUGAAGGUGACUCUGUGCAGUCUGUGAUUUCCUUUGAUCAGGGAGGGGAGUGGGUUCCCUUGAGGAAACCUGCCAACACCAAGUGCAGUGCUACUGCCAAAGAUCCAGAGAAGUGCAGUCUCCACAUCCAUGCAGCCUACAGUGUUGCGAUGAAGCUGAACGUCCCCGUGCUGCCUCUGAGUGAACCGAAUGCUGUUGGUCUUGUCUUAGCUCAUGGGAGUGUUGGUGACGCCAUCUCAGUGAUUAACCCUGAUGUGUACGUGUCUGAUGAUGGAGGGUACACUUGGAUGAAGGCCCUCAAUGGACCUCAUCACUACGCCAUUUUGGACUCUGGAGGGCUCCUGGUGGCUGUAGAGCACAACCCCAAGCAACCUAUCAACACGGUCAAGUUUUCUACCGAUGAAGGACAGUGCUGGGGUGUGUACAACUUCACGGAUGACCCCAUCUACUUUACUGGUCUGGCAUCAGAGCCCGGAGCUCGUUCUAUGAAUGUCAGUAUCUGGGGCUACAGAGACACCUUCAUCAGCCAGUACUGGAUUUCCAUCACCAUUGACUUUAGGGAUCUUCUCACCAGAGACUGCACAGACAAGGACUAUGUGCCGUGGUUGGCUCACUCGGACGACAUCAGCGACCCCAAAGAUGGUUGCAUGCUGGGAUACAAAGAGAAGUUACUGCGUCUCAAAAAGGACUCCCUUUGUUGGAACGGACGAGAUUAUGUGGUCAACACCCAGCCAACCCCGUGUCUGUGCACCUUGGAUGACUUCCUGUGUGACUUUGGAUACUAUCGUAAGGAGAACAGCUCAGAAUGUGUGGAGCAACCAGACCUGACAGGAAAAGUGCUGGAGUUCUGUCUGCACGGCAAAGAGGAGCAACUGCUGACGAGUGGCUACAGGAAGAUCCCUGGAGACAAGUGUGAGGGAGGAAAGAUGCCCGAGAGAAAAGAGAUUGACCUCAGUCAGAGGUGUGUGAGUGACCUGGUCGGCCGUGAACUUCUGGUCGACGGUCACUCCUCCAGGUCUGUCCCCAUUGUGAUAACAGUUGUCAUCGUCCUUCUGCUGAGCAUUGCAGCAGGAGUCCUUUUUGUGAAGAAAUAUGUCUGUGGUGGCAGGUUCUUGGUUCACAGAUACUCUGUGCUGCAGCAGCAUGUUGAGGACAACGGUGCUGAGGAGAUAGACGAACCGCUGGAGACCAACCACAUUCAAAAUGGCAAGAUAGAGUUUCAUGAUGACUCCGAUGAGGACCUGCUUGAAUAGCAGGCACAACCAGUCCUGAAGUGACAGGCUUCCAAGCCACCUUGUGGCUGGCUGCUGUUCCUGUCUCUCUUUUCGUCUCCAGAUACUUCUUCCUUUUAGCUUCUAGUAUGGACAUUGGCCUCAGCUACCAGAGGAAAGGUCUGUGACACACAUCUGUGAAGGUUAAUGAACGUACAGAGGCACCGUGGGACUAAUGCUCAGUUGAGAACUAAGGAGACCUUGUAGUGUUGUGCUUUGGUUUUAAUUCUAAUGAUUGGGUUUGAGUCUACAGGUCAAAUGAAGGGGUCACGCAGUAAUCUGAACUGCCGACAGCCAGUUUUGAAACAUAGUUGUAGAAAUCCACCACAGUUGCAUUAUGGGCAGUGCCUCCUCAUCACCUGGGAGUGCUCCCUCGGAAAUCAUACUUUUCACUACUGCUAAAGACCUGUAUCCUUUUUUUUUUUCAUGCACUUGUAUAUAAACCUUUGUUUGUUUUUUUUGUUUUUUUUUGUGGUAUCGACUUAAAGGUGUUAAAAAAGAUUCCUGGUGGAAGAAGGUAAAACAAAACACACUCCCUCUCGAGACACUACUUUUGAUGAAGUAUUUGUUGAUCAAAGCGUGCCCUGGACAGCUCAAAGUAUAUUCAUUUUUGGCAAUAAUUUGUAAAAUCUCUUGUCACAGUCUGUACUUGGAAUACAAGCCUGAACACUUUUGGUACGCUGUGACACUGAGAUCCAUGGUUAAAGUAAAAAGAGGCAAGUGGGAACUUCCUUUUGCAUUAUAUUUGCUAGCAAUAACAUGAUAAAUCCAGUUUACUCUCUGUGCACAUUCUGUAAUCCUAUUGGUACAAUAUCUCUAUAAAGGUUUCCAGUUGCUUCAUUAAUUGAAUGGAGACAUUUUUGCAUCAGUGUAUAGGGUGGUAAUGUGUGUCUGUUUCAAGACAGGAUUUAAUAACAACAAUAAUAAUAAUAAUGAUAAUAAUAAUAAUGCAGUUCUAGCUGCCCAAAGCACAAGGUCCUUUAUAUUAUAAGAGUUUGUAGUUGGACAUUUUUUCUUAAAUGUGACCUAAUGUGAUAAUACUGUAAUCAUAGUAUGUUUAUAAUCACUCAGCAGUUUUUGUACUAACUUUUGAAUUUGCAUGGCAAAUGACAAAAGAUGUUGAAACCAUAAAGGAAAAAGAAUUCUAGUUUGAUAGUACAUUAACAAAUAUUUUUACGAUGCAUUUGGAUGAUGCAACACGUGGCUAUAAUUUGGUGACAAACAGAAGAAAUGUGUGAGUGUGUUCAGUUAUUGACACUGUACAGCAUAAUAAACACUGUAGUGAACUCAUUAGCACACAUAGUUGUAUAAGCUGCAACACGACAAGAGUUGGUUUCUUUAAUUUUUUGCAUCUGAUGUGAAACGACCUCUCAAAUCUAACAGGGAUAUUGGAAGAUUGUUUAAGAUCUGUUUUCUUUUUAAUCAGCAUGACACUGGUUUUUUUUUUUAUGCUUAACGUGAUUGAUUGACCAAACGGACCCGUCUUAACGUGUCACGUCUUUUAGGAUGAAUUUUUUUUUCCUUGCACGAUCAUUUGUCUUGUUCUAAAUGUAUCGUUUAAGCUGAUUUUAUUUAUUUGUGACUAGCAAGUUGAGAAUGCAGUAAAAUGGAUGUGGUUAUGCAAGUGCCUGGUGUGAGGAUAUGAUGUGAGGCCCUCCCCAAUAUGUGGCCAGCAUCUGUUUACUGAUAAAUAUUUAUAAUGACUAAUGUGUAACAAUUUGGAUCCACUCCAGUGUGUUAGUGUCAACCCUAAACUGCACUUGUUUCCAAGAUGAAUCCUAGUGUUUUCCUUGAACUGCAUGUUAAUUCUUAAUAUUAUUUAUAUUCCCUGAGCUCUGUAAAAGAAUGUAGCCACAGUAAUCUGGAUAUUCUCCUACUUCACUUGGUGUGAGACUAUAUUCUGACUGUGAUACUUUUGAGUCAGUCCAAAUAAAACAGAAUGAAUACAGCAUUAUUAUUCAGCUGCUAUACACUGGGAGAGACUUACCGAGUUCUUAAAUAAGGGUGGAUUGCAUUAAUGGAGGGUAUGACAUUUUUGUUACAGUAAGAACGACUGUACAGCAAGUCAUUGUGAUGUUUCUGUAAAUAGAAGAGGUUACAUCUUUGUAUCUGCUAUGAUUUUCUCUUUAUAUUUGAGGCAAUUAUGUUUGGGUUUGCCAUUAAAUUCUUAUGUUGCUCUA